CAGGCUUCUCCUGGCAGGGUUUUAUAGGUGAAACACCCUACAUCGCUGCUUGAAGGGUGCGCAGCCUCCCUCCCAGCACCUGCGGCCGAAGGCGUGACUUGGCGGCAGGUAAACGCUGCCUCUCCCUGCCUGUAACCAUAGCCCCGCACUUGCAGGGGAACUCAAGCCAGCGCUGCCGGCAGCGGGUAACACCAUCCCGGUGGGCCCCCGGGUGAUUCCCAUAGCUGCACAGUGAAGAUGGUAGAAGGAGGUUUCAUCAAACUCUUCCAGAAAAGGUCGUUUUUUCGCUUCGUGCAGAAAUAUCAGCCCCUUGGAAGUGGCGAGCCGGAAGAGGAGACCCAUGAGGACUGUGAGCUGAAAAUUAUUGAGCAGGAGAAGGAGGUGACAGUUCUGCCCCCAAAAGAUGCAUGUAAAUGCCAUAAAGAAGACUUGGCAAAAGCUUUAAAUGUUGAUUUACAAACUGGACUCUCUGAGUUUUCUGUACUACAGCGCAGGUUAAAACAUGGCUGGAACGAAUUUUCAGUAGAGAAUACAGAGCCGAUAUGGAAGAAAUAUCUAGACCAAUUUAAAAAUCCCCUCAUUCUCUUGUUGCUGGCUUCUGCUUUAGUGAGUGUCGUCACAAAAGAGUACGAGGAUGCUGCAAGCAUCACCAUGGCAGUGCUCAUCGUGGUCACCGUGGCCUUCAUCCAGGAAUACCGCUCGGAAAAAUCUCUGGAAGAACUUAACAAGCUGGUGCCACCUGAGUGCAACUGCCUAAGGGAAGGAAAACUGCAACAUCUUCUGGCACGAGAGCUUGUUCCUGGGGAUAUCAUAUAUCUGUCUGUCGGCGACAGGGUUCCUGCAGACCUUAGGCUGAUAGAGGUUACAGAUCUGCUGGUGGAUGAAUCCAGUUUUACUGGAGAAGCUGAGCCUUGCAACAAGACUGACAGUGUAUUACAGGAAGCUGGAGACAUAACCACACUGAGCAACGUUGUUUUUAUGGGGACUCUGGUGCGAUAUGGGAAGGGAAAAGGCGUAGUUAUUGGGACAGGUGAAAAUUCACAGUUUGGAGAGGUGUUCAAAAUGAUGCAAGCUGAAGAGACUCCCAAAACACCUCUCCAGAAAAGCAUGGACAGGCUGGGGAAGCAACUGACUCUUUUCUCCUUUGGAAUAAUCGGUUUAAUAAUGCUCAUUGGCUGGUUACAAGGGAAGCGUCUCCUCAGCAUGUUCACCAUUGGAGUUAGCCUGGCGGUGGCUGCCAUCCCAGAGGGCCUUCCCAUCGUGGUCACUGUCACACUGGUACUGGGUGUUCUCCGUAUGGCCAAGAAAAGGGUGAUUGUGAAGAAGCUGCCCAUAGUAGAAACCUUAGGUUGCUGCAAUGUCAUCUGCUCCGACAAGACAGGCACUCUGACAGCAAACGAGAUGACGGUAACUCGGCUUGUGACCUCAGACGGAUUCCAGGCAGAGGUCAGUGGAGUGGGAUAUAAUGGAGAAGGAAAUGUUUAUCUUUUGCCUUCAAAGGAGAUUCUUAGAGAGUUUUCCAAUGUCUCAGUUGGGAAAUUAGUAGAAGCUGGCUGUGUAGUAAAUAAUGCCAUUAUCAGGAAAAACAGUGUGAUGGGACAGCCCACAGAAGGAGCUCUCAUUGCUCUUGCAAUGAAGAUGGAAUUAGCGGAUAUAAAGGAUAUUUAUGUAAGAAAGAAGGAAAUUCCCUUUAGCUCUGAACAAAAGUGGAUGGCUGUGAAAUGCACGCUGAAAACUCAGGAUCAGGAAGAUAUUUACUUCAUGAAAGGAGCAUUUGAAGAAGUUAUUCGAUAUUGCACUCUGUAUAACAGCGGUGGCAUCUCGUUAUCACUUACACCCCAGCAGAAAGCCUUCUACCAGCAGGAAGAAAAACGAAUGGGCUCCUCAGGUCUACGGGUACUUGCUUUGGCUUCAGGUCCAGAACUUGGCAAACUAACAUUUUUAGGUCUGGUUGGAAUAAUUGAUCCCCCAAGAGCUGGAGUGAAAGAAGCUGUUCAAGUCCUUUUUGAGUCUGGUGUAUCUGUAAAGAUGAUCACUGGAGAUGCCCUGGAAACUGCUGUGGCUAUAGGACAGAAUAUUGGUCUCUGCAAUGGGAAGCUGAAAGCCAUGUCUGGUGAAGAGUUGGACCAACUGUCAGAUGCAGAGCUAUCAUCCACUGUCAAAAAUGUUUCCAUUUUCUUCAGAACAAGUCCAAAGCACAAAGUAAAAAUCAUAAAGGCUUUGCAGAGGGGUGGAGCUGUUGUGUCAAUGACAGGAGAUGGUGUUAACGACGCUGUGGCCCUUAAAUCUGCUGAUAUUGGGAUUGCAAUGGGACAAGCCGGUACGGAUGUCAGCAAAGAGGCUGCCAACAUGAUUCUCGUGGAUGAUGACUUCUCAACAGUAAUGAAUGCAAUAGAAGAGGGAAAAGGAAUAUUUUACAACAUAAAAAAUUUUGUCCGGUUCCAGCUGAGCACGAGCAUUUCAGCUUUGAGCCUAAUUACUCUGUCAACAGUGCUCAACCUACCAAAUCCACUCAAUGCUAUGCAGAUCUUAUGGAUCAACAUCAUCAUGGAUGGGCCGCCAGCCCAGAGCUUGGGAGUUGAACCUGUUGACAGGGACACUAUCAAACAGCCACCCCGACGUAUCACAGAUACCAUACUCAGCAAGUCAUUGAUCCUGAAAAUCUUCAUGUCAGCUAUAAUUAUUAUCAGUGGAACCCUCUUCGUCUUCUGGAAAGAGAACCCAAAAAGUGGCAUAACUCCUCGAACCACGACGAUGACUUUCACCUGUUUUGUGUUUUUCGACCUCUUCAAUGCCCUGACAUGUCGCUCUCAGACAAAGCUAAUAUUUGAAAUAGGCUUUUUUCGAAACCGCAUGUUCUUGUACUCCGUGCUUGGGUCAUUUUUGGGACAGCUCGCUGUUAUAUACGUCCCUCCGUUACAAAAAGUCUUCCAGACGGAGAAUUUAAGAGUACUAGGAAGGCCCUUAACUGGGGAUUCUGACCACAAAACCCAACUGCCCACCGUGUUCAUCUCUGCUCUUUUUCCUCUUGGCAGACCUGCUGUUUCUCACUGGACUGGCUUCUUCAGUUUUCAUUGUGUCUGAGCUCGUCAAACUCUGUGAAAAACGCUGCUGUCGACCAAAUCACAGAAAGGGAUGACAUACCUGCUGCAAACAUCCUCUAAAGACAUUCUGGGAACAGAGCUGUGAUGUUGGAUAAUUCAAACACACCGUUUUGUGAUGCUGCAACUGACAUCCUUUCUGAAGGUACUCAAGUGAAUCUGUACCAACAAUUCUUCCUACUCCAGUGUCUGUUCCUCCUACACACUCUGUCUAAGCUGUUUGAGCUGUCUACAGAAACCUCCAGCGCUGCUCCUGUUUUAAACCAAGAUCAGGUAUAUUUUUAUAACAUUGAUCCGUAUGUCAAGAACGCUGUGAUAGCCCCAAACAAAAGAACAGUCUCACACCUGUACAGAAAAAUCUAUUGUGCAGAAAACUGAAAUUUUAUUUAUUUAAAUCAAAAUGAUUUUUAUUAAUAAAAAUCUACAUUUUAAAAUGUUAAUAACAAGUAUCUGGAUGAGACUGUUUAUUUAACCCCACGCUUAUAUAUUGAAUUAGAAGAACGGAAAAGAUCUGCCUUCAAUAGCACUUCUUUUCCUAUAGUCAACCUCUAGAGUUUCUAGGCUCCCAGAUACUUAGUCUCUUAAGGAAACUGUGGGGAGAUGUCAAACAAAAAGCAGAGAGCUAAAGUGCCAGCCCCCAGCUGUCAGCUUUUGCCAAACACUGCAGUGAUUUUUUUUUUUGUACCUAUGUGACUAAUAGAAGCGAAGCAGAAGGCUGAUCUGAUCUGAGGCACAGUAGUAGAUGGAUUUAAUAGGGAAGGGACUCACUUUCACGAGCACAUGAGAAUAAAGAUGACUCACAAAUAUAAGAGGGAUGUUAAGCUUUGCAGUGGAAUCAACAGGUGCAUAAAAGUGAUUGAGAGCUGUUUAGGUCAUAGCUAAGCCCGUCACUGACACAGGCUUUCUGGACAUUUUUAGAUGCAUGAACAUGAAGCACAGAUUGCUUAACCUUUACGCUGAGAAAGAAAAACACAAACCCUGCUGAGUCUCUUCCAAGCCAAUCUUUUACAUUUAAAGAACAAUUUUGAAUAAUCCCAUCUGCUGCUUUGAACCAUAGUGUUAUAGUGAAUAAUGCUUCACUGAUACACUUGCUACAAGUGCCAUAGUGUCAGUUUUCUUCUCACCACAGCCUUGACACCUUCGCUUCAAGGUGACGAUUAAGACUCUCAGAUACAAACUUGUCAAAAAACACAAUUUCAAAGUGUUUUGCUGAUCUUCACAAGAUGACGUUUAAACAGGAUUACAUUUUGGAUUCAUAGCCUAGAAAAGAAUCAGUAUAGCUGGUUCUAUUUUAAAAUCUAAGAAAACCUAGCCCCUGAAAUAUCUUCAAUUAACAGCAGCUUUGUGCAAUUCACUCUGCCCAGAUAUCAUCUACAAAGGUGUCCAAACAUGCCUGCUCACUACUUUUUUUUCCUUAAAUCCUUGCAAAUGAUUUCAGUCUUCAAAGAAGAGUCUCUGCCUUGUAGUGGAAGGAAAAGAGAGUCUAUAUAUAAGUACAGAAAUUCAGCAAUGUCUCAUUCCUGUAUACCAUCUACUUCAAGUAUUCAGCGUUCUUAGUCAGUGCCUAAGUGAAGAAUACCUCUGAGACUUACGGUGGGAGUUUGAGACUG